AAAUAUCUUCUAUAAAAUUGUCACUUUUUUCGUUUAUUGUAUUAGCUAAUUUAUUAUUUUACGAAGGCAUUUAAAAUAGCAAACAAUUUUAUCGUUAAAUAUAUGAUCUUACGUUCUCACGAUGGCAUCCAGCGAAGUGACAAAGCUUCAGCAGCAUUUAGCGUUGCUUAAAGAGGAGUACACUAAGCUACAAAGUCAUUGUGCUGAAGUUGAAAGGAAGUAUACACUUGCGGCAGCAUCGGCCGGGGAUCUUAGUGAAACUAGUUUCGUAGCGCGGUUACUCAUGACCGUGUCCACUUUAUAUGGUCGGGAGACAUAUUCCGAUAUAAGUAUUAAGCUACAGAGCAAGUCUGUUCCCGGACAUAAGUUUGUCUUGAAUGCACGAUCUGAUGAUUGGAAUGAAGCUGCACUUAAGAAUCUCACAGAGUUAGAUUGGUCUAACCUGCCCGAUGAUGUGGGUUCAGCACUUCUGAAAUGGCUGUACACAGAUGUUGUAGACCUCACAAGAGGAGAUGCAUUUGCUUUGCAUCUCAUGAAGUGUGCAGCUAACUUCAAGUUGUAUGGCUUAGUGGGCAAAUGUGAGCAAGCCCUUAUAACUUCAGUGGGUGUAAGGACCUGCGUAAAGUUCUACUCAGCUGCGGAUGAGAUUGGGGCAACGGCUCUGAAGGAACAUUGCUCCGGACUUAUUUCAACACAUUGGGAUGAUCUCACAGGAGAUGACUUCGCGCAUAUGUCAUCGGCGCUGCUGUACCGCAUGCUGAAGAGCAAGACCCCGCAGCCACUGCAUGGUGCUGUACGUCUCCUGCGGGAAGAUGUUGUCUUCCUCUGCCUUGUCGAGAACCAUGCUAAUCUCACAGACAUAGUAAACGCGAUGUCACCACGAGGAGAGCUACCCUUGGAGCUGGCCCUGCGAGGUCGGAGCGCCUCCAUAGCGACAACAUUGUUGCAGCAUUGCGCAGACCCUGACGCCCGUGGCCCCAGGGGUCGCACGCUUCUGCACCGAGCUGUUGACUCCAGAGACGCCUUCUCUGCUAAGUUCCUUGUGGACAACGGCGCUGAUACCAGUCUUACAACAAAAGAGGAAGGUGAUACAGUCCUGCACUUGAUAGCAGCGUUGACAUCCAGCUCGUGCGAGCCUGACACCAUGGAGCAGAUGGUGGAGAUCGCGGAGACGGUUGUGGCUAAAGGCGCAGAUAUCAACCGACAGAAUAGAAAGGGAUACACGCCUCUACAUCAAUCAGUAAUAUCAAGAAAUCUUAAAGUCUUCGAUCUUCUACUAAAACAGCCCAACUUGGACACAAACCUAAGAACUUUAGCGGACGAACAUCCACCUCUCUACUACGCUUUAGUCGACGAUAGAAGAGCCUCAAUCUCUUCAAGUGAAACUCUCGUAAUGAACGGUUCUAACCCGUUCGAUACACCAGUGACGAACAAAAACGCUUUCACAGAAGACCCUGUGGAAGGUAAAACGGAGAAUAUCAUUGAAAGAGGAUUCGCUGCCAAACUUUUAGAGAAAGGAUGUCAACCGAAUCCAUUGUAUUCCGGUUCUGGUGAUAGUCUGCUUCAUAUAUUAAUUCAAGGAUGGUUUGAGGACUCCGCGGUGUUUCUUGUAUCUCAUUUAAACGGUGAUUUGAACCACGGCAACGAGGCGGGAGUGACGGCAUUGCACGCGGCCUGCGCUAGCGGCCUCACACGUCUCACAGCCGCUCUACUGGAGCACGGCGCACGACAUAAUCUGCAGACUGCGUAUGGAGAACAGGAGGAUACUGUUUAUAGACAAACUCCUCUACAUCUGGCGGUACUGAACAACCACGAAGGGGCAGUGCUGGCUAUCUUAGAGCACAAGAAGUUGAUAGAGAAAGGAGAAAUGCCUGCCACGGACCGUAGUAAUGUCAGUUUGUUGCCUAACUUGAACAUGAAGAACUCUGAGGGCGACACUCCUGUUAGUCUUGCACUUACUGAAGGACACAAAAACUUAGUGAAACCCUUAAUCGAGGGCGGGGCUGAUCCUAAUGUGCGUAACGGUAAAGGCUUCACUCUGUUACAUCAAGCUAUUGUGGAAGAAGAUUCUAGAAUCGCCAUAUAUCUACUGGACCAGGGAGCUGAUAUGGACGCUUUGACGGAAGCCGGCGAGACUCCCCUGCAGCUGGCGAUCCACUGCCGCCUGGGUCUGGUGGUGGAGGCGCUGUGCGUGCGCGGAGUUGACAUGAGUCGUCUGGACGCGCACGGCGUGCCCCCGCUCUGGGCCGCGCUCGACUCCGGACAGGAGGAGGUCGCCAGUAUACUCGUAAGAAAUGGUGCGGACGCAGAUUGUUGGGGACCCGGACCUGAUGGAUGUUUGCAAACUCUAUUACACAAAGCAAUAGACGAGAACAAGGAGUCAUUAGCGACAUUCCUUAUUCGUUCGGGCUGCGACGUGGAGUGUGCGCGGCGGCCGGGACCUGGCGGCGAGGGCGCAGACCUGGCCGCUGAGAGACACACGCCGCUGCAUCUCUGCUGCACCUGGGGACUCUCUGAAGUCAUACAGACUCUACUCGAGCACGGCGCGAACAUAAACAGUAAAGACGCGGAGGGCAAGACUCCGUUACAUAUAGCCAUAGAGAACCAGCACGCGGGCAUCAUCUCGCUGCUGCUGUCUCAGCCCGGCAUCGACCUCUCCGCCAGAGACAACAAGGGCGUGUCACCAUUCGCCGCAGCACUCACAGCUAGGAAUAACAAAGCCGCGCAAGCUAUACUUGAGAAGAACCCUUCAGCAGCUGAACAGGUAGACAAGAAGGGUCGCAACUUCCUGCACGUGGCGAUUCAGGCGUGCGACGUGGAGAGCGUGAUGUUCCUGCUGUCGGUGGAGGUGGACGUGAACUCUCGUGUGCAGGAUGGCCGCCUCACCCCACCACUGCACCUCGCCGCCGCCGCCGGCAACGAGCUGCUGCUGCGCAGUCUGCUGCUCGCAGGCGCCAGACCCAACGACAGGGAUGCCGAGAAACGUACAGCGCUGCACGUGGCGGCUGCAGGCGGACACGCGGCCAUCGUGUCUGCGUUACUGAGCGGGGGUGCGGAGUGCGGUGCGGCGGACGCACGCGGCGACAACGCACUGCACGUGGCCGCACGUGAAGGACACGCCGCAGCCGCACGCGCGUUACUCGCAGACUCCGAUAUUGACGCCGCAGCUACUAAUCUUAAAGGUCGCAAUCCACUACACGAACUGUGCUGGUGUAAAAAGGACAACGCGGCGACAAUUUGCGAAAUAUUCUUGGAAUUUAUGCCCGACUAUCCUAUCAAUAAAACUGAUUUGCAGGGUAAUACGCCGUUACUCCUCGCGUAUAUGAACGGGCAGGCGGCCAUGUGCAGGGUAUUAGUACGUGCUGGUGCAUGUCUAGCACAAGAGAACAAAGAUGGACUUUCCAUUUUUAACUAUCAGGUGGCUACAAAACAACUUCUACAUCGGUUACUAGACGCGCUACCGUCAGAGGCGCCGUGGGCUGAGAGCGAUCUGUGUCAGGAAUGCGGCACUAAGUUUACACUCACUAUGAGAAAGCAUCAUUGUCGACACUGCGGUCGUAUGCUGUGCAAUAAAUGUUCCAACCAGGAUGUGCCCAUACUGAAAUUCGGUCUGAACAAAAGUCAACGUGUCUGUGAGAUUUGUUUCAACGUACUGCAAGUUGGAGCCAGUUAGUGUCACUACGUCACACAACAAUGACGUGAUACUUGUAUUAAUGUAUUGUUAUCUCUUACAUUCUCUUUGACUGAACAGAGACAGCAAUAUGUGUUUACAAGUGACACAGCAGUCGGUUAAUGUUAUGCGAUUUUGUACCAGAAUCAUUUAAUUGUGACACAUACCGAAGUAAAGAAAGGUAAAAAGUUCAGAAAGCAUAUUAACGUGUGUGAAAAAUACCUUAUACUCUGUUUCAAAUUUAGACAAAACUUUGUAAAUUAAUGUAUAUUAUUU